GAGGCAAAGGGAAGAAGAGAGAGAGGGGAAAGGGAAGGAGGGAGAGAGAGAGAGAGGCAAAGGGAAGGGGAAGAUCUAGAGAGAGAGAGAGAGAGAGCUAAAGGAAGGAGGAAAGAGAUAGAAAACCAAGGGGGAGAGAAAGAUCUAGAGAGAGAGAGAGAGAGAGAGAGAGAGAGAGAGAGAGAACACACAAAGGGAAGGAACCAAGAAAGAGAGAGCAAAGGAAAGCUAGGAAGAAAGAAAACAAGAGAGAGAGAGAGAGAGAGAGAGAGAGGCAAAGGAUGAAGUCCCAAAGGAACCAUGCAAGGGGUGGAGAUCAUCACUCAAGAAGGAUAGGGAAUAUGAUCAUCAUAGCAUCCAUGCUCCUCUCCCUUUGUGCCCUCUCCUUCAUCAAGGCUCGAUUUUGCUCCACCCCUUAUGGAAAAUCAAAAGGGCCUUUGAAAUUUGAGGUAGAGAUGGAGGAGAGUUUAAUGAUGGUCACAGAUGAUGAUCAGAGAAAAAUUUCUGAAUCAGCAAUAAAAGAAUACGAGGAGAUCAAAAAAAUAGAAACCAAAUCCAAGAGCGAGAACAACAACAACUUCAACAUCAUCGAUGAGGUUGGUGAGGAGGAGGAGGACGACGACUCGGGCGAGGCCACGUGCCACGCGACGAGCCGCCGCUCCGACACGUGCGACGCGCGUGGCGACGUGCGCGUCGCGGGCCGGUCGAAGACCGUCCACGUGCGCCCGCUGCGCCGGGCGCAGCGCAUCAAGCCGUACGCCCGCAAGCACGACGCAGUCGCGUUCCGCCACGUCAGCGAGUGGGCCCUCCUCCCCUUCCCGCGCGGCCAAUCGCCGCCGCCCCCGCCCCCGCCCCCGCCCGCGUGCACCGUGAACCAGUCCGUGCCCGCGUUCCUGUUCUCCACCGGCGGGUUCACGGGGAACCUGUUCCACGACUACACCGACGUCCUCGUCCCGAUCUUCAUCUCCGCGUACCAAUUCCGCGGCGCCGUGCAGUUCCUCGUCACCGACGUGAAGCCGUGGUGGAUCCACAAGUUCGAGAAGAUCCUCAAGCAGUUGACGAACUUCGACAUCGUCGACGUCGACGCCGACGAAGAAGUCCGCUGCUUCCCCCGCCUCGUCGCCGGUCCCGCCUUCCACAAGGAGCUCGGCGUCAACGCCUCGAAGACGCCCGGCGGGUACUCCGUCGUCGAGUUCCGAAAGAUGCUGCGGGAGGCGUUUGGAUUGGAGAGGGCGGCGGCGGUGCCGGGAGGGGACCGGUGGGACAUCCGGCGGAAGCCGCGGCUGCUGAUCAUAUCGCGGAAGAACACGCGGAUGUUCCUGAACGAGCGGGCGAUGGUGGAGAUGGCGACGAGCCUCGGGUUCGACGUCCGGAUCGGCGAGCCCGACGUGAACACCGACGUCGGCCAGUUCGCGCGGCUCGUCAACUCCGCCGACGUAAUGCUCGGCGUGCACGGCGCCGGCCUCACCAACAUGGUCUUCCUCCCCGCAGGCGCCGUCCUCAUUCAGGUGGUGCCGUUUGGGGGGUUAGAGUGGCUAACAAUGGGAACAUUUGGUAACGCGACUAAGGAUAUGGAGAUCAACUACAUGGAGUACAAGAUCAAGUUGGAUGAGACCACAUUGAGGGAGCAAUACCCUAAAAAUCACCCAGUGUUGAAGAACCCAUGCUCCAUCCACAAGCAAGGGUGGACCGCCAUUAAAACAGCUUACUUAGAUAAGCAAAAUGUGAGGCCUCAUUUGGGUAGGCUCAAAAAGACCCUGUUACAGGCUCUGAAGCUCCUACCCCAUUCUCACAUGCACUAGAAUAAAUUAUAUAAUAAUAAUAUAAUAUAUAGGAGUACUGGUUGGUGUGUGGUGGUGGUGGUGGAUAUAAUUGGACCAUGAGCUCCCUCUUUUACUUUAUUUAUUAUUUUUUUAUUUUGGUUUUUGAUGAUUUAAAAUUUUAAAAUUUAAAUUUUCAUUUGAUUUGGUAUAUUGGAGAAUAAACAGUUAAGUGUGUAAGUGUAAAUUUAAACAUUCAUUCCAGUACAAUGCCAUCAAGCAGAUAUUUGAUUCCGAAA